CAACAGUAAACCUUCAUCUCCAGCUCGGGGCGUUGCAGACCGCUCAACUCAGGUUCCGCUCUCUUCAGUUGUACCUGAUGGCUUUCCCCCUUUCUUCUCGAUCUUUCCGGUCGAAUUUCUCUGCCUCCUUGUGCAGCUUCACCUUAUCGCAACUACCACACUAAUCCCCCAAAUUUGAACCCCGCCUCUCCUAUUCCAAAGGUGCUGGGUCUUCUGCAUUUGGUUCAUGGGAUAAUCACCCCCUUGCACUGCCCCAACCGUUCGUGUGCCCCGUACGGAGGAGAUCUCCGCAACCGUCCUCAGAUCUCGGCUCCCGAUCGCCGCCAUGACCUCUUCCCGCUGCGAGCAUAGCCUUACCACUGAGAUCUCUUUCAGCACCGAACCAAAUACCCCACACCCUCUUUAUUCUUCUGUCGACAUGUCGAACCGCAUGAGCGAUGGUGAGGACAACAUCGCAGAUGAUGACUCCGCGUACGGCGAGGACUCCUUGAUUGGCGAUGACACAAUCACCUUGUCCACUUACAUCACCGACUAUCGAUAUGAGUAUGGCCGUCGCUAUCACUCGUAUCGCGAUGGAGCCUACUGGGGCCCCAACGAUGACAUUGCCAAUGAACAGCAAGAUCUAGCGCAUCAUAUGUAUUGUCUGACCCUCGACGGGAAGCUACACCUAGCCCCCAUUUCGAAUCCACAGGAAAUCCUUGAUGUGGGUACGGGAACCGGGAUAUGGGCAACAGACAUGGCAGAUGAAUAUCCCAGUGCCAAAGUUACCGGAGUAGACUUGUCUCCGAUUCAACCUGCGUUCGUCCCUCCGAACUGCGUAUUUGAGAUUGACGAUGUGACGCUCCCGUGGACCUAUGCGGAAAACCAAUUCGAUUUCAUUCACGUGCGGGAAUUGUUCGGCUGCAUACCUGAUUGGGACGAGUUCUUUCGGCAAUGCUGGCGUUGCCUCAAACCCGGCGGCUACAUUGAGGUGGUAGAGCAUUCGGUCGAACCGGUCGCGGAUGAUGGGACCGUGCCUCCAAAUCACUUCUACCGACUCUGGGGCCAGACCGUCAUUGGUGCGGGGGAGCAGUUUGGCAAGACCUUCAAAAUCUGGGAACAGAGCGCCGCACGCCUGGGUAAUGCAGGUUUCGUUGGCGUUGUGGAGAACAAGUUCCAGUGGCCAAUGAACGCAUGGAGCGCGGAUCCCAAAUUACAUGAACUUGGCCGUUGGAACCAGCUUCGGCUGCAUGGUGGGGUAGAGGGCUUCAUGCUUCGUCUUCUCACUUCCACGUUGGAAUGGUCAUACGAGCGAGCUCAGGUGUUCCUCGCUCAAAUGCGCGCGUCCCUUCGCGACUAUCAGACCCAUGCCUAUCUACCAGUGACCGUUGUCUACGCUCGGAAGCCAGAGAAUGGUGCUGUAUUCCGCUAGGCUGACGAUGACUGGACCACUGACCUACGUAUUUGUAUAUUUCGCUUUAUACCCCAUGACUGAUGUACAAUAUGAUGAAUAAUGAGUUAGCAUUCAAUGAGGAUAUGUAAUAU